CGUGCUUUACGGUGGCUGACUUGACGUCAUUGCUUAAAAAGGGAAACCCUCUGUGCUUGCUGUGGGAGUCUCCUUUAAAAAAAUCUUGCCGCGUCACUGGGAUGCGGUCGCCGGAGCCGGGCACCUCGCCUACCAUCCCGCGUACCAUCGCCGUGACAGACCAACCACCGUUUUCUUCACACGCCAAAGAUGUCAGCGCCAUCAAAUGAAGUCCAUGUGGUGUCGUCACAGGAUCAGCGCUUUUUGGUUUUGUUCGACUUUGACGAGACCAUCAUCAACGAGAGCAGCGAUGAUGCAGUGGUGCAAGCUCUACCCAGCAAACAGCUCCCCGACGGGCUGAAGAACAGCUACAGGGAGGGCCACUACAACGAGCACAUGCAGAAGGUCUUGGCUUACAUGGCGGAGCAGGGCGUGUCAAAGGGCUGCAUCCAUUCAGCCGUGGAGAAGAUCCCACCCACGCCUGGCCUCCUGAACCUGUUGCAGUAUUUGCAGAGCCACAAGCAAGACUACGAGCUGGUGGUGGUCUCCGACGCCAACAUGUUCUUCAUCGAGACGUGGUUGGAGCGGGCUGGGGUACGAAAGCUAUUCCAGAAGAUUUUCACAAACCCUGCCAGUUUUGAUGACACAGGCAGACUGGUGCUGCUCCCGUUUCACUCCCACUCCUGCUCAGGUUGUCCUGAUAACAUGUGCAAGCAGGUGAUCCUUCGCGAGUACCUGGCUAAACGCCAAAAGGAGCGGGAUGGUGCUCCUUUUCAGAGGGUUUUCUAUAUCGGAGAUGGGGCCAAUGAUAUCUGUCCCUCUCUGGCUCUUGGGUCCCGGGACACAGCAUUCCCCAGGAGAGACUUCCCCAUGCACAGGCUGCUGCUGGAGAUGCAGCAGUCCCAGGCAGCUCAGUUUAAGGCUAACAUAGUUCCUUGGGUCAGCGGCGAGGACAUAGUGUACUACUUGAAAAAAAUAAUGGAAGAGAGAUGAGAUCAGUGUGUGUUUUUGUGUGUGUGUGUGUGUGUGUGUGUGUGUGUGUGUGUGUGUGUUGAAAAAGUGAGUAAAUGAAAGGAGCAGAUAUAGCAAAAGUGCAUUAACCCUAUUCCUGGCGAGGGGCAAGAUAAGCAUGAUUUUACCCAAUAACCUUUGGUAAACCCUAGAGUGUGCAUCUAUUUUCUUUUUUCAAGAUUAAGUUUUGGGCGUUUUGCCUUUCUUGGAUAGAACAGUGGAUAGAGUAGAGAGUGGGGAAUGACAUGCAGGAAAGGAGCCACAUGCCAGACUUGGCCCCAGGCAGCCCACAUGGAUGUCUAAAGCCUCCGUACAUGGGGCGCGACCUAACCGCUAGGCCAUCUGCACCCAGCGUGCAUCUAUUUAAGUCAUCUGUUUUAAAUAAAAAAUUGACAUCUGUGGGAAAACGCUUCUUCCUAUUCUUCUGGAGAAGUUAAGACUAUCAAUGCCAAUGUGAUGUCUUAACAGUAAAUAUCUAGCUGGAGCCAGCACUGGGUUAGCUUAGCUUAGCAUUAAGAUUGGACACAAGGGCAACCACAAGCUGGCUUUGUAAGGCAACAAAAUCUACAAUCGACCAAAUGUAAAAACUGAAUUUUCACUUUGGGAACUAAUUAUUUACGAUAAAAACAAAAACUAAGAUAAAACAAAAAACCUCUAAAAGGUUGAAAACAGGCAUAUUACUGUACAGAUGAAAAUGUGGAUCUGUCUUCCCAGGACAUACUCAAGAAACCAAAAAUGUAUUUCCCAAAAUGUUAAACUUUUUUUUGUUAGCUUGGCAUAAAGCCUAUCUUUAUUUAUAGGCUGCGAUUGUACAGUUAUAUGCAUAUGCGCAUUAUGAUCAAUAAUGGAGAUAUAGUAUACACUGCAGUAUUGGUUUUGCACUUAUUUCUUGUUAAAUUCUUAGAUCCUGUUCAUUUGUCAUUUUUCAUGUAUCUGCAUACAUAAAAAGACGAAAUGCUGUCCUCCCAGCCCCAAGCAGUGACAGAAAGAAAAAACAUGUAACAUAUAGAGUCACAAAUAUACCUAAAAAUCUACUAAGGAAUAAAAACAGCUGUAAAAGUAUAGUAAAAAUAAUUAUAAUAAAAACUGCUCAGAUGAUAUAAAGUAACAAAGAAAAUACAUAAAAAAGAGCCGACAAGAAAUAAAGCAGGCAGCAUACAGUUAGCACCAAAGACAUUCAAUGAGUGUCUAAAGUGCAGUGGAUUUAAAGUGCAAGUGCAGCACAUGUCCUUCUGAUACUAAUUAGUGUGACAGAGGAGGGAGGUCCAGUUUGUUAAUGAUCCUGACAGACUGUGUAAAGAGACUGUUGAGCGUUAUUCUUCAUUUAGCAGGAGUGCUCCGAUACCUUUUGCCUGACGGAAGGAGGGAAAACAGUUUUUGAGAUGGAUGGUGGGGGUCCUUUCACGAUGCUGGAGGCCUUGCAAGCACAGCGCUGAUUGUAAGUCUCCAGCAAUAUUUUCUGCUGGCUGUCUUCACUAUCCUGUUAAGCUGCCAUUGUUGGGCAGCUUUACAACUGCCAAACCAGGAAGUGCGUAUGUUUAGAUGGUUUCAGUGGUGCCUGUGUAGAAGGUGGAAAGAGCUGGGAUGGGGAGACAUGCCCUCUUUAGUCUCCGGAGGUGGUAGGAGCCGCUGUUGAGCCUUUUUUACUAUGGCUGAGGUGUUGAAAGAGGAGGUCAGGUCGUCCGGAAGGUAUGCACCCAGGAACUUGAUGUUGCUGACCCUCUCUACAGCUGCACCAUCGAUAAUCAGGGGCAAAUGAUUGUGCCUGCCAGUCCUCCUGGAAUCGAUCACCAUCUCCUUGGUCUUGUCAACAUUUAGAGCCAGAUUGGGAAGUUUGCACCAUGAUGUUAGUUGCCCUAACUCAGCUCUGUGUUCCGAUUCAUCAUUGUUCCUGACAAGUCCCACCACUGUUGUGUUGUCAGCAAACUUGUGGUUGGUGUGGUUGGGGUCAAAUUGAGCACAACAGUCAUGGGUAAGCAGGGUGAAAAGCAGGGGACUCAGGACGUAGCCCUGAGGUGACCCUGUACUAACUGUGAUGGUUGUCGAGGUGUGGCGGCCCACUGACUGUCUGCUGCCGCUCCGUCAGGAAGUUAAGAACCCAGUUGCAUGUACCUGUGUCCAACUUCAGCGACCUCAGCAUCUCAACCAGUUGUUGUGGUAUGGUAUUAAAAGCUGAGCCAAGGUGGAUGAAGAGGAUCCUGGCAUAGAAGUUCUUGUCUUCAAGGUGGCAUCUGGUGGUUAUUCAAAGCACUACAUGACUACGGGAGAUAGGGGCAACAGGACGGAAGCUGUUUCAAGUCGGAUCAAAAUGCUGAAGCUCUUGACCAAAACUGACUGUAAGUGCUCCAGAGCAAACUACAUCAAAUGGAGGAGGCUCAAUAAACAUACCAUGCUCUGCAAAUAUAAAUGGAAUUUACAUUAGAACAUGUCUCUAUGUUUAACAUUUCUGCACAAUCUAUGUUGUGAAAUGUGCCACAGUUUCUGAGCUUUGUUCACCAACAGCUUAAAGCUGUUCCACCCUUUAGGGUGUCUCUUUGUAGGCAGCCCAUCUUUGAAAAACACAGUGUUCAAAGCCUGGACGAUGGAUACACAGGAUCAGAUAUUAUAUCACUACCUGACACUGUUUGGUUGAUACAAGAGGGAUAAGGUAACAGAGACUCUUGCACAUUGGCUGUGCAUUCACCUCCACCCAAGACUCUUUACCGAUACCUACUCUUGAUUAUACAACGGUAAUUUACACCAGCAUGAGAUCCAAAGGGAAUGCUGUAGCCAUAUGCCUGCACUUUGGCUCAAUGUUGUACCCUGUGAGCCUGAAACAUUGACAGAAACUGUACAAGUUAAAGACUUUUAAAUCUAGUUAUGUAGUCAUUAGCUAGCACCCUGUAUUCAAUGUAUUUAUGGUUGAAUGUAUCCCUUUAAGCUACACCGUUAUGGAUGAAUUACAAUGGUUCCAGUCUCUUUUGAAUAUUUGCAUAAUAACGCAACAUGUAACCUCAUUUUGCCUCAGUAAAAUCAUCACAGACACUGGAACAUAUAUUUUAAAAAAUAAUUAUGGACACUUGCAUUCAUAUACAUGGUUUACAGGGACAUUUCUAUAUUUUUAUGAAAAGGACAUUCUAAAUAUGCAUUGUUCAGUCUUGUUGGGGCCUUUUUUGGGUUUGUCAUCCAGCAAUCGUCUAAAUUUUUGAUACUAAUAGGGCAUGUACACUGUCUGUUUGUAGUUUCUUGCAGUCUAUGUUUAAAUUAGGUGUGUAAUGUACACAAGUGAACACCCCCUAUAAUGGUCCUGUAACCUUAGGCAAGAGGUAGUAUGAAUAACUGAGUGUAUAUUUAUAUUCAUUUUAUAUUAACAAUAUUUUAAACAAAACAUGUAUAUCCACAUACUGUACAUCUUUUUCAAGUCAUUACACAACACACAGAGAGAGGUCUGGUGCUGUUCAAAAAUAGUUAAACAUAAGUAUUAAAUAUUGAUAUUGAUGGAACAACUUCGCCUUAAACUACAUCAUAAAACUGUAAAAGUGCUUGAAAUUUCCUAAACCAGUGUUUUAAUAUCUCAGGGAGACAAGAAAAAGUGUUGACAGAUUAACAAAACAUGUAUUUAUAUUUAAAGUAUAUAGAUGCUACUCUCUGAACAAAAUGUUCAUUUGAUGACUAACAUUAUUGUAUUUAUAGGAAAUCAACGCAGCUGAAGUGUGAUCCUGAAAUUCUUUGAGAACAAAACCUAAUCAGUUUUGUUAUUACACGAACACACAAGUUCUUCAAGCUUUACCCGCUCUAAUGGUAGAAGUUGGGGUAUUUUCAUUUGCUUUACCUGUAUUAAUAUGUGUGUACCUGUAAAUCUUCCAUGGAGUUCAGUGCAAUAAUCAGUAAUGAAUACUUGAUAUGAUGUAAAAGAGAUUUAAGAUUCAUUAGAAAUAAAAAGACGUACAUUUUCAGGGAUGAUAAUUGACUACAGAUCACCAAACAACAGUUUUGUCAUGAUGACUUAGAAAUGGUAUUAUGGCUUCACAACCAAAUAAAGUCAUGUGUUGUUGCUUGA